CGACUGUUUUCUAUAAAAGGAGCUACCAACCACAAAUCCACAAUAGCCUCAUAACCAGUCGAGAUUACGUUACACACUUCUCUCAGCGUUUCCCUUCCAAGCAAGCAAUUCCGUUGCUGUUAAUUGUUAUCACAAGAAAAUUAUGGCAGUUGCGAGUGCACCUUCGGCUCUAACAACGAUUCUUCAUCACUCACAAACUCCCAAAUCUCUUACCCUAUCGUUUACAACUAGGGCAUCCAUAUCUUCUGUUUCAGUUUCAAAUUCAAAUGGAUCUAUCAAGGCUAGGUUUGGAUCUUCAAGAGGAGGAGCUGGUGUGUUGGAACGACCUUCUUUCGAUCAAUCUCAGUUCGACCCUGCUACCCAAGUUCAAGAAGGUGGAGAUAUUGGAAGCGUAAAACACAAGAAAAACACUGGUAGUGGUGACAGUUACAGAGUGCUCUUGAUUGAUGAUGCACGUCAUACUGAGAAUCUAGUGGCAAAAGCAUUGCCUCAGGCUGUUCCAGGUGUAACACCUGAUGAUGCAAGAAAACACUUCCAUGUAUCACGGGAAACUGGUCUCGCUGUUGUUCUAGUUACAGUCAAGGAGCAUGCGGAGUUCUAUGCCCAGAUGAUGAUGCGUAAAGGACUUCGAUCAACAAUUGAGCCAGAUUCGACUACUGGAGAUGAGUUUAUAGAGAAGAAUCUCUUCGUACAAGAAGCCGUGGGAGCAAUGUGGAUCUUGAAAAAGUUCAAAAACCAUAACAUAUGUGAUAUGACACCUUCUGCAAGCACUAGAGAACAUAAUCAUGAGCCCAAGCAAAUAGCUGUGGAGGCACUACAAGAAACACCCAAGAUCUAA